CAAUUCAUGGACAAGAUAGCCAGCUCACUCCGGGGCGCUGGUGAUUUCUUCAUCUCCUACCGGAGGCUUCAAUCUUGGGCUAUCAUCCCACUCCAGUUACUCCAACUCCCUGGUCAGCUGAGUCGAUUCUUUUACCGACUAUUUAGUGGCUUACAUACGCCUCGGCGACACAGUGAAUUGAAAAAUAUGCAUCUGGAAGUGCUCAGCUUGGGGACUAUCUAUCCACAGGCGCUUUUGGUAUUUACCAUCGGAAUCACCUACAGCGUCAUUGCACCUAUGAUCCUAGUGUUCGGAACAAUCUAUUUUGGAAUGGCCUAUCUGGUUUACAAAUAUAAGGUGCUAAAUGUUUACUACCGUGCGUUCGAAAGUCAAGGCCAAGCUUGGCCCAUUGCUUGUAAUCGGAUUGGAUGGGCUCUGAUCAUUUUCCAAGUCUUCAUGCUCGGUCUAUUAUCACUCCGACAAGUGUUCCUACUGUCAACCUUAGUGAUUCCGUUGAUUCUUUACACGAUCCAGCAGCUCAUCCGACUGGAAUCGGUUUAUGGUAGACAUUCACAAUUCACCAGUUUAUCUCAACUUCGAGAAGCUCAGAGGAAGGAAGAUGAAGAUGACGGUCUCGGCGAAGAAGAUCGAAUCGAAAGUACCUUGAGGCCCUCUCCAAGUCAUAGAACCAAGUUCUCGUCUGCAAGUCGACUACGCAAAUCUUCUGUUACCCAGAGUCAGACGAAUUUGAAUGUCAAGCGUUACAAUCACAAAGACGAAACAUUAUUUAUCCCAGGAGAGACUGAGUUUACAGACAACAGCGAGCCGCCGAUGUCGACAGUAUAUUGGGGCAUUCUAGAUACGGGUACAAAUCGCUAUGCUCACCCAGCCAUCUCGGGACGAAUGCCCCUGCCCCAAUUACCGGUCAUCCGUGGGCUCGCGUCAGACAAAGCCAACGAUGCCCAGCCUGGUAAGAAGCGAUUCGAGCUGCCGCAGUAUCGGGUCCCAAGCGACGAUCCCAAAAGAUCAUCCGGCCAGAGUUUGCGGACUCUAGGGAAGUUUAGCAGACGCCGUCAGGCGAGCGAGGAUAGUGGAGAGAACGGUGGACUGUUGGAUGCAACGCCGGAGGUCGGAGAGUCGGAAGAGGACGACCAUGCUCAAGACGCUCAGACCAGUUCCAGUGCUGGUCAACAAAGCUGCUUCAAGGGCAAAAACCGCAAAUGAAUCAACGCUCCCUCUCGUACGAUCAACUCUAGGAACAAAAUUUGAACACGUUUGCUCCGCUCUAUCGCUCCUACAAUAUCCAACUCCCUUUUCUUUCUACUUAUCAAGAAAAAAAAGAGGACAAAUACACGCUUGGUAGUUGGGUUUCUAUACAUUUUAUAUACACACAUGUAUGUGAAAACUUUUAUUUGUUUUUUUAGCUAGUUAGUUAGUUGCUUUUUAGGGGUUUUUUGCGCGCAGAACUAUUGUUUUUCUCUUUCUUCUGCUGAGUUUUUGUUUAUUUACUUAUUUCUUUUUCUUACGCAAAGCGGUGUGUCAAAACAUGUAUUACUAUCAUAGAACAAGUUGUCUUAUUAUGUAUUCUGAUUUCAUCCAUUUUAGAAAGAACCAAAAAAGUAGGAAUGUUGUAUUUGAGUAAUUUCCAUCCAUCAUUCAAUCAUGCAGUGCCUUAUAUUUCUAUUCAAUUGUCUUAACAUUUUCUCUUUGUUUCUCCUGUGGUUCAUCAUGCCCCCGGAUUCAGUAGCAAGUAGGUUUAAUUAAAGCUAUGGAGAUGGCUACUACCAGUCUAGUAGAGGUUCUUGCUAGCCACCACCUUUUUUUAUCAACGCUGUCUAAUCAGGAGCCUUAUAAUAGAAUGUAGAUUCACAAAAGCUGAUAUGUAGUCAAUUCUAAUUUCUAUGUUGACCCACA